AAAAACUUUUACAAAACUCACGUGCGUUGGGAAAACACGUGUCCGCGAACCGCGCGUAUCAUUGGCCGCUAACCGCGUGGUGUCGUUGGCCGCGCGGCCGUCGCCGCGACCGCGAUGUCUGUCAUUCACCGAUCGCUAUUCAGUUUGGUAUCGUUGGCGCUGUUCGUAGUGUUGGUGGCCAUCAAAGUGGACAAUAAGUGCGAUUGGAACUGGUUUGUCGUUUUCAUACCGAUGUUUGUCUUAGACCUACUAAUGUGUCUAAUGUUGGCCAUGAAAUGGCUACGGACUUCGCCGGCGGCGGCGGCUGGAUUGUCCACUGCAUCGACAUCGGCCACCAAUCGCUGGUCUCAUUCGAUAUCAAUGGCCACAUCAUCGGCAGCCCAGCGCCGACUCUACCAAAAUAUCUAUUGCCUAACCUGUUUGCUAACGAAACUAACCUUUCAAGUGGUCAUCUGUUUACGGCUGGACUACAUCAGCGGUAGCCGAUUACCACUCUAUAUAACAUUCAUACCGUUCUGGUUAUGUAUUAUCUCCUGUCUGGGACUGAUGGUCUCCACUAGAUUUAUAUCGUCCGGCAAUCGUUCAAUCAUCUCAUGAUUACUACCCGAUGAUAGUUACCAUUACAUAUCUCACCGAUUGUUUGCCGAUAAAGUCGGUAAUGGUCUACCAGUGGACACCACACCACACCACUUGUUAUGGUGUGAACUAAACG